AUAAUUUCUUGCUUUCUUUAGAAUGAAAUACAUCACAUUAUACGCAAACAUUUAACAACUAUAAUAGUUGUAAAUAGACAUGACUUCAUCAGCUGUUUAAAAUGAAAACAGCAAAAUAUAAGAUCAAUGGAAAGAAUGGAUUAGUUUUAGAAAGCACUAAAGAGCAAGCUAUAGUAAAUUGUAUUAAAAUUAUUGUGACAAAUGCAGACAAUAAGGAGGAAGAUGCUGUUAUUUCUGACCAAAUAAUCAAACUGAAACAAGAGACUGGUGUUACAAACGAUCAAAUAACCAGCCUAGUGGGUACAGUCAGAGGUGUUAGGAAUCGAGUUAAGAAAAGAAUUAAUUUGUUUCUUUCUGGAGGUUUUAGUAAUUCAGAUGAGACUACCACAAAAACAAAGUCUGAUUUUAACUUAGAUGUUCCAGAUGACUUUGUUCCAAAGGAGUCCAAGACUGAAAAGGUGAUUAUAUAUAUAUCUAGUUUAGGUAUAAUUCGGAAAACAAAGUCAGACUGUCUGUUUGUUAAAAAGGCAUUUCGCAAUUUGAUGUUGAAAACAGAGGAAAAGGAUAUUGUUGUUCAACAGUACAAGAAGGAAUACAAUGAAAAGUUUCAAGGGUUGGUCCCACCUCAAGUUGUUAUUAAUGGUGAGUUAAUUGGGGGAGCUGCUGAAAUAGACAAAUUGAUCGAAACAGGUGAUAUACAUAAAUUAACUGGUAACAUUGAAAAAAUUUCAUAUAAUGAGAAUCCUUGUGCAAAUUGUGCUGGCCAUAGUUACUUUAACUGUCCCAAAUGUUUGGGUACUGGACGUUCAAGAGUAACAAGACUGGGUUUGAGUCGAGAGUUAAAUUACUUAAGUUGUACUAUGUGUGAUCAAGGGUUAAUUCGGUGUAUGGAUUGUUUAGACUUAAUUAAUUAGCUGUAGUGUUUUUUUAAUAUUAUUACAUUAUAUGCUGAAUUUCAUGCAGAUCAUUUCCUGCAUUUUCUUUAAAUUAAAACCUGCAUGUGAAAUCGGCUAAUGGUAAAAUAACUGAAAAAAAGAAAU